UAGUUUAAAACCAAACAGAUGUCUACAAAUGUUAACAGUGUGCGCGAACGCUGUGGCAUGAUGCUGAUGUGUGUGAUCGUGGUGACGCUGUUGAGUGGCGUGUUUUGUGAAGACACAGAAACAGUUCGGACUCUGAAGGAGCAAGUGAGCGCAUUGCUGGAAGAUGUCUCUCUGCUGUCCAAGAACUCAGAACUCACUGCGCUACGGGAGGAACUCACUGCUCUCAGGCAAGAGGUGGAAGAACUCCGUCGAGGAAAUCGCGCGGCAACAUCCUCGACAGGCAACCAGCAAAAGAACGAUCAUUUAACAGUGCAGUGGCUGGCGACGGCCGUAAGCGAGUUGCGAGGUGAGGUGACAGAGGUGGCCGCUGCGCACAACACGUCGGUAGAACUUCAGCGUAGGGAAGAGAUCAAUUCAGAACUGGUGCUUCUACGCGGAGAUAUGUCCAGCGUGCGCAGAGACCUGGAGGAACUGCACGUUGCACAGGAGAAAGGCGCAGUGGCACUCGCUCAAGCGCAACAGGACGUUAUGGCCGUCAGGUCGCAGACGCAGAAUGUGGCCGGACUUUGUGCCGACACUCUAACUCAGUUUCAGAAUGCCCAGACGGAAUGGUCGAUCGCAUUAAAAGCCCUCAAGAAGUACGGAAGGGAAGACCCAGCCUAUGAGGGGGGUCGGAAGCGCCGUCAUCAAAGAGGCCUCUGCGCGCAGCUGGCUGAGACGUUUUGUGGCGACCAAGCACAUCUAGGCCACCGGGUCCAUCGACUGGAGAAACAGAUGAAGCAGGAGGUGGUCGCCCGCGUCUCUGCCUUGGAGCUGGCCUCUAGAAGUGCGGCCAAAACAGUGUUUAACAUGACCCGAAAGUUGGCCGGCCUGGACAAGCUGCACCACUCGAUGCUCCAGAUGCUGGAGUCUGUGGAGACGCUGGAGAACGAGCUGGACCGCAGCGUGCCCGAUCUCCAGCGCGAGAUCUCCAAGAUGGAGUUCAACAUGGCGCAGCUGACAUCGUCUAUUGCACUCGUCAGAGAAGAGCAGGGGAAGCAGCGCUCCUCGCUUAAGGCGCUUGGUGCAGGAGUGUCGCAUCGGAGCAGCCCCGACCCGCCAAAGACCGUAUUUCCAGAGGCCAAUGACAAUUUCAACAUUAGCACCAUCUGGAAACUGGUACAAGAGUUGUCUGUGAUGCAGACUCAGUACCAGCAGAUCGUGACGUCUCUGCCGCAAGAUUGCGGGGCAGUGCGUGGACCCAGCGGCCUGUACCUCAUGUCGCCGGGCAGUCUGGGAACCCCUCUCCUCCUGUCAUGUGACCAAACAACAGCUCCAGGGGGCUGGGUCGUGGUGCAAAGAAGGGUGGACGGCUCUGAGGACUUCGACCGCAAGUGGAGCGAAUACGCCACAGGAUUUGGAUCACCAUCUGGCGAGUUCUGGCUCGGGAACGAGGCGCUGCACCACCUCACGGCUGACAACUGCUCGUCGCUCCGGGUGGACCUCAGGGACAUAUACGGCAAGAACUGGGUAGCCGAGUACGACGAGUUCAGCGUCUCGGGCGCCACGGACGGCUACAGGCUGCACGUGGCCGGUUACCGGGGCAACGCGAGCGACGCGCUCGAGUACCAGAACCGGAUGCAGUUCAGCGCCGUGGACUCGGACCGAGACAUCAGCAACACGAACUGCGCGGCAAACUACGAGGGCGGCUGGUGGUUCUCGCACUGUCAGCACGCGAACCUCAACGGGCGCUACAACCUGGGGCUCACGUGGUUCGACGCCUCUAAGAACGAGUGGAUCGCGGUAGCCUGGUCGGAGAUGCGCGUCCGACGGACGUCACGUUGCGACAAAUUGUCCUGAACUACCUUGGGUCUGAUCCAAAGAAUACACUGCCAAGAGACGCCAAACGGGCUGUGAACGUAGCGGAAAGAGACUGCCAUACGAGUCUUGACUGAGGAGCUAUUUAUUUAGUCACUGUGUGUACAUAGGACCUGUUUGUAUCAUACUAUAGAUGUAAUAUAUGUGCAAUGUACCUGGA